ACCGGGAGGGCGCACGGGCUCGGGGCGCGCGGCGGAGCAGAGCCACGGCUCGACGGCGGCACGCGGGGGGCGAGCGAGCGCGGGGGGCGCCCGACCCGGACGCCGCGCCCUGCCCCGGCUCUCCACCCCGCCCGGCCUCCCGCCCCUCGCGCGCCUCCCGCGCCUCCGCUUGGGGACCGCAUCGGCCUUUUGUUGCCGAACCGUCUUUUCUUUCAGCUCUUUGCGCAGCAACGGAAAUCUCACCCGUUUCGGGGUGAAAAUUAAAGGAUCUCUCUCUGUGUGUCUCCCUCUCCCUCCCUCGCACCCACCGCUCCCCUCCCCUCCCCUCCCCUCCCCCGCUCCGCGGAGCCGGAGUCGGCACCGCCAGGCGCCGGAGCGGGCUCCGAGCGCCUCGCCUCGGCUCGGCUCGCUGUCCUUCCAUGGGCGCCGCGCUCGCCUGCAGCCGCCGCCGCGGGGCGGGCGCGAUGCCACGAUGGACCUGAUCUGGCUGCUGCUGCUCAGCCUGCUGGAGCCCGGCUGGCCGGCCGCGGGCCCCGGGGCGCGGCCGCGGCGGGAUGCGGGCGGCCGCGGCGGCGUCUACGAGCACCUCGGCGGGGCGCCCAGGCGCCGCAAGCUCUACUGCGCCACCAAAUACCACCUCCAGCUGCAUCCGAGCGGCCGCGUCAACGGCAGCCUAGAGAACAGCGCCUACAGCAUCCUGGAGAUAACGGCGGUGGAGGUGGGCGUUGUGGCCAUCAAGGGGCUCUUCUCCGGGCGGUACCUGGCCAUGAACAAGAGGGGACGGCUCUACGCUUCGGAGAGCUACAACGCCGAGUGCGAGUUCGUGGAGCGCAUCCACGAGCUGGGCUACAACACCUACGCCUCCCGGCUGUACCGCACGGCGCCCGGCGGCCGCGGGGCCCGGCGCCAGCCCAGCGCCGAGAGACUGUGGUACGUGUCGGUGAACGGCAAGGGCCGGCCCCGCCGCGGCUUCAAGACGCGCCGCACGCAGAAGUCCUCGCUCUUCCUGCCCCGCGUGCUGGACCGCAAGGAUCACGAGAUGGUGCGGGUGCUCCUGGGCGCGGCCGGGCAGCGCGGCGGCCAGGCCGGGCCUCCCGCCCCCGGCAGGGCCGCUUCCACGCGGCAGCGGCGGCGGAGGCGGCAGAGGCCGCGGGACCGGGGAGGCCGAGCUUAGCCCCCGCCCCGGGGAGGAAGCGGAGGCCGUGAGUGUGCCCGGCCGGCGGCUGGGCUCUGAGCUCAGGCUGCCAGGACCCGGUGCAGACCCUACGACGGUGCCUGGAGUCCCCGCCGUCCGAGCCGACCCCGGGGCGUGCAGGGCUCCACCCCUGACUUCCCUGCGCUAGCCCUUCCCACCUGGCAGCCGGCUGCUCGGCCCAGGCCGACGGAACACACCCCCAACCCUUCCUGCUUCUCUCAGACAGCCAUCACGUCAUCGCAGCAAGGAGCCCCGUCCCGGCUUGGAGGGGGCUGCUGUGAACAGGAGGCUUGUAGGUUUGCCUAGGCGGGGAGCGCGCUUGCCCACACCGGGAGGAUCCGCCCGAGCAAGGGGUCCCGGCUGUUGGAGGCGCUGUGGGACGAUGGGGUGGAGCCUGUGUGAUCAAAAUGUUAUUCUACGUUGUUAUUUAAUAGAUGAGGAUGCAGCCUGCGGACAAACUUGAAAGUUUUACUUGAACGAAUUUGCUUGUGAGGAUGGUGGAGUCUGUGCCAAAUUGAUGUCUUAAGAUGUAAGAUUGUAUUCUGAGAAACUGGGCUAAAGACGCAUUUC